CCCUGAUACUUAUUCAUGUCAUGUGAUGUCCCCCUGGUCUUCUCUUCCAGCCUGUCCAGAGGUCGCUUCAACAGCGCCUUCCAGCUUAGCGAUGACACCCUUGAGUUUGAGGGUCUCCUGGCCACACUGGCCCCUCCAGCAGAGCAGCCUUUUACGGUCUGGCUGGUGGUGUUUGGGGUGGUCAUGGGUGUGUCGGUCCUACUGGGCAUUUACCUCAUCACCAUGGGCAUUGUGGACAGGCGAAGGAAAUCUAAGCGGGCAGAAGAGGAAAACCCAGUUACUAACCCCUAUGACAAUACAGAUGAACAUGCCGAUGGAAUCUCAAAUAAAGGAUUUGAGAGAGACAGCCAUGAUCAACAAACAGUAAUGUGACUUAAUUGAUGACCAGUUUGUGUAGUGGUCAUUCUAGACUGAAUCGAAACACAAUUAAUGGGAGAAACUUAAGACAAAGACAGACAAGGACAAGAGAAGAUGAAAAGACAGUAAUAUACUCGUUUAUUUGUUUUUAUUUGAUCAGAUGCACAGUCUAACAUUACUGAUAUAAUUGAAACAAUGGAGUCAUGGAGAAAUUAAGUAAUAUGUUUAUAUGCUUGAAGGUGUGCUAUCUCAGAAGAUGUGCUAUUUGAAAUGAUUAUGUAACACUAUGUAACAUUAUUAAUGUCAGAUAUAAAUAAAAGACCAUGCUUUCAA